GUGCAGUGCUGGGAACCAAUGCUGAUAUCUGUCUUCUCCCUGAACUGUAGGUGUAUGCAUGAGAACAUGACUUCCAGAAACGGCAUUCUCAUCACACACAGCAAUGCGACCUACAUCCCAUCGCCUCUGAUACCAGGGUUUACAGGACAUGUCCCUACCACCAAGUUUCUGUAUGGGGACACAUUUGGGAAGGCAAGCAUCAAGUAUUUACAGGAUGUCCGCUAUGCAUCUAUGGCUUGCCAUGCAAGUGAUUACAGUAAAGGUGGCAUGUUUCCUUGCAUCUACUCGAAUGAUGGAUCUCUGAUCACUGUGCAUCACUCACAAAGCAGAUACCCAGCCUUCCGCCUGACCUAUGGGGCACGUUACAACGUCGAUUUCAAACGGCAAGGGCAAAUAAAGCUUUUUAAUCAGUUGGCACAGAAACACAGGGAGUACUACAAAGAUAAGACUGGCACACGACACCCUGUGAGUUUCUUCAUAAUGCCAAUGAUGAAAUAUGAGAAGUAUUUAUGACCCGUCAUAAGUCCCCUGAAGCAGUUACAGCAUGAUUAUUUCAGUGUUGCUUGCUGAUACAGCACUUUUGGGGAACUAUGGUUUGGUGCUCUGGUAUCCCUGGAGAAAUGAUGUUGGAUUUGCACUGAAUAGCUUAUAUUUAGUGGUAAGAAAACAAUAGAAACUGGAGAGCUUUAAUUUUGUUGUAAUGUCUUUGUUCUUUGUAGAAAAAUAGAACUGUUUAUCAAUCAUGAAUAGACAGGCAACUACAGUAUAUCAUUUUGAAAAGCGCUUGUAUUUAGUAUUAUUAAUAUUAUCCUUUGAUUUCUUCUUUUUAUUCACUCUU